UCUCAGCACAGGAAGCUCUGAAAAGUGCUCUGAAAAGUCAGAAGGAGGAACCUCUCCAGCUUUGAGGAGCCAGCCAGUCAGGAGCAUGCACAGCUAAAGGAGAGGCACGGGAAAGGGGGAGAGGAAACACUGCCACUGGCUGCUGAGGAUGUACUGACAGGCAAGAAAUGCUCCCCCUGAUCGCAGUUAAGUUGGUGGAGCUGCCUGAGCCAUGAAAGCAGGAACCAACAUGAAGAUUUCUGGGAAGAUUAUGUAUGUUUUUGUGCUGCUCACCAUCACCAUGGUCAUGAGAUUAGCAGGGUUAGUGAUGACUGUAGGUAACAGCUCAGUUCUCACCUGCCCGCUUAAAGGAAAUAUGACUCUGCUAAAAUGGACAAUAACCCCCAAGGCUGGAGGCCCUUGCACCUUGGUAUACAGGGUUGAUACAAAUGUGACACACAGAACAAACUGCAGUGACAACAUAAACUGGACAUUCAGAGCAGGUCUGCCUCCUGCCCUUGAGAUACGACAAGUGGGAAUAGCCCAAGAGGGAAAUUACAGCUGUGAAAUGGCAACAACAGAAGGGAAUUUCCACAAGAUGUACCACCUGACCGUGCUCGCCCCCCCAAGGCUGAGCCUGUCCUGUGAUGAGCAGGGCAGCCCCGUGUGUGAGGCAGCGGCGGGGAAGCCGCCGGCUCAGCUCUCGUGGCUCCCAGGGAGCAGCUCCACUGCAGAGGAGAAGUGCCACGACAACGGGACAGUGACUGUUCUCAGCAAGUUCACAGCGUGUAGCACCAAUGUCACCAAUGUGACCACCUGCAUGGUGUCCCACCCAGCUGGGAACUGGAGCCAGUCCAUAGCCUGCUGUCCCUCAGAGAAUACCAGCACCAACAUUUUCCUGUAUGCCUGCAUCAUUACUUGCAUUCUGAUCAUUAUCACCUUGUUGGCUGUCAUUUACUAUUUCAAGCUCCACAGUGAUAGACCAUGCCACAGAACCAAACCUCCUGAAAUUGCUCCUAUACAUUCCCAACAGGAUGACACAGUGGAAGUGGAACCAUAUACUACUUAUGUGCAGAAGGAAAAUGUAAUUUACAACUCAGUGUCUGAUCUGACAGUGGGGCAGAAUCUUCCACAAGACUGUGUCCAGGAACAUGAAUGAUUCAACAACACCAGAAAAGGAAAGAGAUUCUUUAUAGAAGACUGGUUAUAGAAAGAACCUUCUCAGAGGAUUUCUUGAGAUUUUGGGGCAGCAAAGGUCACUAGGUCUGUUCAAACACCUCUGCUUGCUGAUGAGUCCAUAGUUCUUUUUUUCUCCCUGUUUUGCUUUCUUCCUUGGGAAAAUGUGUUAUUGCUUGGGAAGAUGUGACUGACCACACACCAUAGUUUUUCCUGGAAAAGAAGUUGUGACCAGACUUCCCUUCACUGUUGUUGCCUUGGGAUCCAAAUUCUGUCAGUCACUUGUAGCUGUUACUUUGAUGCACUUGACACUAUGACAUACACAUUUGGGAGACCAGAGGAGUGUUCUGUCUGAACUGAAAUAAAACCACUCUUCCACCAACAGCCACUUUUUUCUAAUACAUACAUUAGUAACACAUGACCUGAUGACCUACUGAUCAUUACUGAAUACCUCAAAUAGCAGAAGAUAAUGGUAGGGAAGACUUAAUUCUGAAAAUGGAAAUAAGGGAUAAAUUUAGAAGGUCAUCCACUAAGAAGGAAACUGCACUAGCAUGACUAAUUGACUUGUCAGGUUCAUAUCCAGUAUUUCAAGAUGCCAUUAUGGGGUGUCAUCCAGAAGAAUCUGGACAAGGUUGAUAA